CGUAUCCCGUGAAAGAGGAAUGAGGUCAUAUCAUGCUACCGAUCAUUUGACGAUAGAUGUUGAUGGUGUGGCUAUGCCGUUGGACCAGUCUGUGAAUAAGGUGCUUACAGAGUUGGAUGCCGAUGACGAUUCCGAUGUGGAGUUGCAACCGUCUGAUGGGGGACGUGUAUUUGUGGGCCCUCAUGUGAGUGUGCCAGUUAUGAAUCCCCUAGACCCGGUCAGCCACGGUGAUGUACCUUUGGUCCACACUGCUGAUGAUGUUGGUGUAGUAGCAACUGACCCAGAAACAAGCAAGCACCCGGUCGACCAGACACAACAGCACGUACAGGUUCAAGCUGGUGACGGGCCACUUCCAGAUGGAAUGUCAUCGGAGAAGGUGAGACAGCUGGGUGUAGUUGAAGACAAAGAGGAUGGUGAAGACAAUGGUGAGGAGAAUGUUGAGGAGCCGGAAGAGCAGGAUGGUGGCGUCAAGGAUGGGGGGCCGAAUAAUAGGGAUGAUGACGAUGAUGAGGGACCGGCUAAUGGUCCUGUGCAAGGAACGGUUGCAGCAUCGCCCUUGGAGAACAUCGCUCAAGAAAACCCCUCUGAAGAUAAGAACAGUGAAGAGAACACCAGUCAAGAUAACCCCACUGAAGGGAACACCACUGAUGAGAAUCUCCAAACUGAUGACCAAGAAGGACCACGGGAGAAAUUGAUCCUAAGGAUUCCGAGAACAAACCCAAAAACACGCUAUCGGCAGACGCGAGUACGAAUGACAAAACUUGAGAGUGACGUAGUAGCUUAUGUGGAGUCAUACAAUCCUAAAGGGAAAGAGCAGUACGUUCUACAACUUUUACUCAUGUAACACUUAAGGGGGCCAUGCUUAUCGAGUGUGAUGGUAAUGAUGCAAAUCGGAUGAUGUGCUACUCGGUUGUGCGUCCUAGGGAGUACGUGCAUUCCCAGUACGUUCGGGCCGUUGCAAACAUAUACAACAGGGAAUGGGCUCUGGAAU